AUGUCACUUUUCAUGGGAAGGGGAACGCCCGCGGCGGCAAACUCGACGGGAAUGUUGGGCAAUUCAACUUCAGCACCGGGCGCCAACCAAGGCACCGCCCCCGGCGCCGGCAACAGCAUUUUUGGCGCGACGACUACAGGGAGUUCUCUCUUUGGGAACAGUGCGGCUGGUACGACAACCCCAACCCAGCCUCGACCUGCUGGGCUCAACCUAGGGUCUUCGUUGUUCGGCACAUCAACCACCACUCCACAAGGGUCGCUCUUCGGAGGCAACCAGUCAACAGCAACAGUGACGAACCAGCCCACCACCACAAGCGGGAACAGUCUCUUUGGGAACACCUUGGGCCUGGGCGCCUCGACCGCGACCACCACGCAGCCAGCGGGAGCUAGCCUACUCUCCGCUCCCUCCGGAGGUGGCCUGCGUCUGGGAGGCCUUGGCUUUGGGAGCACCACCAACACCAACCCCGCCGCAUCCACAAUUUCGCAACAGCAACAGCAACAACAGGCCCCGCCGUCCGCCCUCCCGACAGGCGCCCUUUUCGACAGCCUCCUGGCUAAGAACAAGAAACAAGCUGAGGGGGAGACCGCGUUAGGAGAGCUGCCCUCACUCCAGUUAGGACUGGGUGAUCUCCGUCAGCGCUUGAGGUCGCUCGGCCCCUCGCAAGACAAGCCUUUCGAACAUGGAAAGGCGCACUACUUCCUCGCGGCUUCGGGCGUCGACCCCGGCGCGGCGGUGCGCGAUCUAGGUGCCUUCGGGCUUCAGGCACGGGAGCGCGGCGCUGCUGGUACAGGGUCUGGAUUUGGUGGUGGUGUUGGCGAGCUCGAUGUCGAGGCAUACCUUUCGAACCUGCAGAGUAAGACGACGCUGAGCAUGAUCGCAGACGGGCUGGACCGGUCGGUGCGGGACUUCGACACCUUCCUCGAGGACAACGUGACGAUGGAGUGGGAGGCACAGCGGAAGCGGAUCUAUCAACAUUUUGGAAUCAAGCCGCGGGAGGAUGCUGCGGGGUCUACGCAGCCGGCAGCACGCGCAUCAACGCCACAGAAGGAUGGACAGGGCACGUUUGGGCGGUCUAGGCGCAAGGCGAGCCAAGCUGCCGGCGGCGAGCGGUCCACACCGCGGGCGAGCGUGCUGGGCAGAUCGGCGAUGCAGCGUUCUGUUAUUGGAACUCCGAGCCAGAUCGGGUCGCACGCGAGCGAGUUUACGGAUGUGGAAGCCCGUAAGACUGCGGCUGGGUCUGGUGGUGCCGGGUCGAUGGAUGAUCGAUUCUUGCGCGAGAAGCAGGGCAAGUUGGCCGAGAAGAUUCACGAGUUCAACAAUGCCCGGCAGCAGUCGCUGCCCAUUUACAUCUGCCGCGACUUGGCCGAGUUGGAGUCCAAGUCUGGAGAUCGUCACGGGCCGCACCUCGUUGAGGCGUACCGGGCGAUGAUGGAGAUUGUUGGAGAGUUCCCUGAAGCAGAAGAGACGCCCAAGGAACGGCAAUACGCCAAGCUUUACCUGGAUCCUAACCAUCACUCUGCUAACGCAGUAGCGAUGCGGAAGCAAAUCCUCAGUGGGGCCAACGCGUUCUUGGAGAAGCAGUUCUGGAACGAGGUGAACUCGUUGAUCGCCAAGUACCCGCAGGACGCCAACCUGGGCGGCCUACCAGAUGUGGUCAGCAAAAUCAAGGCCUACAUUCGGCUCCGCAUCGCCCGGAAGACGCUCGUCCCCGACAAUGUCGACCUCCAACAAGCCAACAACGAGUACAUUUGGGCCAUCGUCUUCUACCUGUUGCGGGCGGGCUUUGUCCACGAGGCUGCGCAGUACGUCAACGAGAACCAGAAUCACUUCCGCAGCAUCGACCGGACAUUUUCGGGCUACAUCAACAGCUACGCCUCUAGCGAAGAGCGCCGCCUUAAGCGCCAGAUGCAGGACCGGUGCAUGAGCGAAUACAACCAGCGGAUCCGCAACGCGCCCGAGGGUUCGAUCGAUCCCUUCCGCAUGGCUUGCUACAAGAUCAUCGGUCGUUGCGAUCUCACCAACCGGAGCCUGGAUGGACUUCAGACAGAUGUCAACGACUGGAUCUGGUUGCAGUUCAAUCUGGCCCGGGAGACGGACCGGUCCCUGGAGCUGGCGGGCGAGUCAUACGGUCUCACUGAACUCCAGACCAGCAUUCGCGAGAUCGGCCUGAAGCACUUUCCCAAGACAGUGGCCGAGGACACUAACGGUAGCUUCGGCAUGUUCUUCUACCUACAAGUGCUGUCGGGCAUGUUCGAACAGGCAAUCGCCUACCUCUACCCCUUCUCCUACGUCGACGCCGUCCAUUUCGCUAUUGCACUUACCUACUACGGCCUCCUGCGUCCGGCAGACGCACAGUCGACGGCCAACGAGCUGCUGUCCUACAGCACACGAAGCCAACCGCAGAUCAACUUUGGGCGCAUGCUCGGCUACUACACCCGCGACUUCCGCGCCGCUAACGCCGCCGCGGCUGUCGACUAUCUCGUGCUCAUAUGCCUGAACGCAGAUGAGGCCGGCGGCCAGCAGCAGGCGGCGCUCUGCCACGAGGCCCUGCGCGAGCUGGUGCUCGAGUCGCGCGAAUUCAGCCGGCUGAUCGGCGACAUCAAGCCGGACGGACAGCGCAUCCGGGGCGUGGUUGAGGACCGCGGCCCGUUGAUUGCGCUCGGCCAGGAAGACGACUUCAUCCGCGCCAUCACGCUGCAGGCGGCCAGCUUCGCCGACGACAACGGGCGCACGACGGAUGCUGUCCUUCUGUACCACCUGGCGGAGGACUACGACACGGUUGUGUCGAUUGUCAGCAGGGCGCUGAGCGAGUCGGUUUCGCUCGAGAUUGGAGAGGAAUCUUUGCGGCUGGUGCCAGUGAAACCCCGCGUCGAGGGCGGCGCGGAGCCGGAUGCUGCUCAGCGGGGCAGCAGUCUGAGCCUGGCGGCCAUCGACGACCCGGUGGAGCUGGCCAAGACGAUGAUGAGCAUGUACGAAAGGGACCACAUGUUCUGGCAGAAGAUCCGUGAGCCGAAUAGGGUGGCGUGCACGGUGCUGCUAAGGAUGAGCGACAUCAAGAGCCUGGUUGAACAGGGCAAGUGGCCGCAGUGUCUCGAUCAAAUCCGUUCUCUCGACAUCCUCCCGCUCACGGCGCGCGGCGACCCGAGCGUGAUCCGAGCGUACGCAGCCAAAUUCUCGUCGCUGUCGCAGCCCGUAGCCAUCAACGUUCCCAACCUGCUCAUGUGGACCGUCAUCUGCUGCACCAAGCAGCGUGAGCGCCUCGUGACGGGCCAGUUCAGCGGCAACCAGUCGACGGCCCGCCAGAUGGUCGACGAGCUCAAGCAGAUGAGCGUUGACUUGACUUCGUGCCAUACCUCCGGUGAGAUUAUGAUCCGUGCGGUGUGUGGUGGGCAGGUCGAUUUAGUGAAGGCAGGCGAGGCUCCAAGUGGGCCUAAACCAGAUUGCACCUGCCGCGAACAACACCCCAGGCCCCUGUCGUGCACUGACUCGGGACCUUCCCUCCAAGCUCAAAUGCUUGAGUCGCUUCCCCUCGCUUUUGGCAGCCAUUCUCCCCGGACUCCGCCUUUCCUUGACCGCCGCUGUCGCAAGAGCACAACCGACAGGUCAACCCCAAGCAAGAGCAACCUGCUUUGCCUGCCCAACUCGCAGAAUCGAGCCAGGGGCGGAGGGGCACCACAACACGCGCCAUACCCUGACCGCCCGAGGUCCACCCAUCCCAGCUACCAUCCCCAUCACCCGCCGCUACCGCCGCUCCCGCUUGGGCCUGAGCGGAAGCGUAGCUACGGUGGGACGCCAAACAAUCCCGGACGAGGGGGCGUUGACCCUAUUACGGACCGAGACGCACAACAGCAGCAGCAGCAGCAGCAGCAGCAUCCCGACUCGGGUAGGACGGGACAUGGGUCGCCAUCGGCAACGACAAACCAACACCAACAACAACCGGGAUAUGGCGAUAGUCCAGAUCUGCAAGAUGCCGAUACCCCAGGAAGUACAGAUGGCGGUGUCGCUGGGUCCAAAAGACGCAAGACCGGCCGGGCGUCUCGCGGCGUGGCCCAUCUGACCCCGGACCAGCUUGAGCGGAAACGAGCCAACGACCGUGAAGCACAACGAGCUAUUCGGGAACGUCAGCGACUCAAGACCGAACAGUAUGAACGGGAGAUCGCCGACCUCAAGGCUACUCAACCGUACAAAGAACUGCAGAACGCCGUUCGCCAGAAGGAGGCCGUCGAGGCCGAGCUUGCCGAUGUGAAGAGGCUUCUGGCCGCUAUUGCGGCCAUGAUUCAGCCCGCUCUAGCGGCUCCCGAGGGCGCUGGGCCGCCGGGGCACAACCCUGAUACGACCCCGACAAGCACCACCUCCCCGGCAUCUGUGGGGACGCACAGCCGGUGGCAGAAUAGUCUCUCUCCCGUCGCGCCCCCGAUGAGCAUUGACGGCCAAGCGCAGCAGCAACCGGCUCCGGAAAUGGUGAUGUUCGAGCAACAACGCCGCCGUCUAGUCCACGGGCUGGAUCUAGGGCCGGACCGGCUGGGCCUAAACUUCUUAGUCGACCCCAAUCUUGAGGUUGCCCGGAUCAAGGAUGGUCUUGACGGUGCCCAGGACUCGCCACGUUACCGCCACGUACCCAUGAAGCACGACUGGAUCGGCACCGUCUCCAUGAUACCGGCAUCACCCCGCGCAACUGCGCGCCGACCUGCCCCCUCGACUCUCUUCUCCUCGACUUCCUCUCGGAACGCCGCCAGCGCGCCGCCGAAAGGCCUCUCGCAGUCCGAAAUCCUCGGCCCGCGUUACCCCUCGGUCUCAUCUCUCCUCAACCCCGCCGUCUCGGCCUACUCGCACCCGCUCUCCAAAGUCUUCACCGACAUCUUGGCGCGGUUUCCCGACCUGGCCACCCUCCCCGAGCGCGUCGCCGUGCUUGGUUCCGCCCCGUACCCGAGCAGACCGCCAAGGAGCAUCCGGCGUGCUUUUGCGAGGGCUUACCCGGCGCUGGUGGGGACGUUUAAUCUGAAGGCGGACUGA